AUGUCUUCCAAUCCAGCAACGAACGUGCCUUUACCGAAAUCCUAUCCUGUGACAAAGACAAUGAAUAAGAAUGGCUUUUCGGUGAAAGUCGACGAAGGCCAUGCUCAUUUAAAUUCCGAUCUCCCAGGUUCGUGGGAGCACUUUGAUACUGGACCUUAUAUGGAACGUUUAGCUUCGUUGCGCAAACAACUUGGAAUGGAGGUUGAUGCCGAUCAUGAGGGAAAAACGGAGGAAGAGGAAUUAAACUCUAGUAUCAUAAAAGAUCCUCGACUUGAGGCUACUCUUAGAGAAUCAGGACGACCAGAAGUGGAUUUGCCUGCCCUCAUCUUAACUGAGCCGAAAAUGGGCACCGUUAGUAGGGAAAUUGAACAUCAAGUUGAUAACAAAGUAGAAGACAACACUUUUCACCAGUCUGCAGACGCAACACAAGAAGACUGA